GCAGCUGUUCCGAGGAGCCAUUCCGGGGGCCGCCGGAGGGGAUGCUUCUACCUUGCUGGGCAACCAGGCUCCACUGGCGCAUGGUCCCAGCCCUUCCUUAAUGUGUGACGGAGGGGAAAUGGUUGCUGCGCAGUUGCCCGGACAGGGCCCAGUGACCUUUGAGGAGGUGGCCGUGUACUUCACAGAGGAGGAGUGGGCUCUGCUGCAUCCAGACCAAAGAUCCCUGCAGUGGGAAGUCAUGGUGGAGAAUUAUGGGAACUUGGUCUCUCUGGGUGAAGCAAUGGAGAGUGGGAUUGUUGCCAAACAGCAGAGAAGUGACUUGGAGCCGCGAGAACCGGUUUGCGAGGCGGAGGGUGUCUCGCUUGAAGGAGCCAACUUCCAUGAAGCCCCGACGCAAGAAAAACGUUGGGAUGGGAACGAAAGGCAGGCACUCCCUCCCUUGUCCGCGGAAAGCAUGGCGAGCAAGCCCAGCGUCCGAAGACACCAGAGGAUCAGCAACCGGGAGACCCUCCUGGAAUGCUCCGAGUGCGGAAAGGUCUUCAACCGGCGCUACAGCCUCACCAGGCACCAGAGAGUCCACACGGGCGAGAAGUGGUGGAUCUGCUCGGUUUGCGGAAAGAGCUUCAGCCAGAGGUACCACCUCACCAGGCACCAGCGAGUCCACACAGGGGAGGAGUGGUGGAUCUGCACGGUGUGCGGGAAGAGCUUCCGGUGCAGCAACAGCCGCCUGAGGCACCAGAGGAUCCACACGGGCGAAAAGCCGUUUGAGUGCUCCGAGUGCGGGAGGCGCUUCAGCGAGAGCUCCACGCUGUACAAGCACCAGAGGGUCCACACCGGGGAGAAGCCGUACAAAUGCCUGGACUGCGGGAAGAGCUUCCGCCAGAAGAUCAACCUCACCCGGCACCGGACGGUCCACACGGGGGAGAGGCCGUACCCGUGCGCCGAGUGCGGGAAGAGCUUCAGUCAGAGGGUGAGCCUGACUCUGCACCGCACGAUCCACACUGGGGAGAAGCCCUACAAGUGCUCGGAGUGCGGGAAGGGCUUCAGUCAGCGGAUCAACCUCACCUCGCACCAGAGGACCCACACGGGGGAAAAACCAUACCAGUGCUCGGAGUGCGGGAAAAGCUUCAGCCGAAGCAACAGCCUUCAUUGUCAUGAACGAACUCACACAGGUGAGAAACCAUUUAAAUGCAUGGAGUGUGGAAAGAGUUUCAGUCAGAGUCAACACCUUAGAAGACAUCAACGGACUCACACAGGUGAGAAACCAUUUGAAUGCAUGGAGUGCGGAAAGAGCUUCAGUGACAGUGGAACACUUAAAAAACAUCAACAGACUCACACAGGGGAGAAACCAUAUAAAUGUAUGGAGUGUGGAAAGAGCUACAGUCAAAGUGGAACACUUAGAAUCCAUCAACGGACUCACACAGGGGAGAAACCAUUUAAUUGUAUGGAGUGCGGAAACAGCUUCAGUAGUAGUGGAAGCCUUAGAAUCCAUCAACGGACUCACACAGGGGAGAAACCAUAUAAAUGUAUGGAGUGUGGAAAGAACUUCAACCGGUGUUCACAUCUUCGUGUACAUCAACGAACUCACAUAGGAGAGAAACCAUUUGAAUGCAUGGAGUGCGGAAAGAGCUUCAGUGACAGUGGAACACUUACAAAACAUCAACGGACUCACACAGGGGAGAAACCAUAUAAAUGUACAGAGUGCGAGAAGAGCUUCAGUACAAGUGGAAGCCUUAGAAUCCAUCAACAGACUCACACAGGGGAGAAACCAUUUAAUUGUAUGGAGUGUGGAAAGAGUUUCCGUUUCCGUGGAACACUUAGAAAUCAUAAACUGAUUCACACAGGGGAGAAACCGUAUAAAUGCAUGGAGUGUGGAAAAAGCUUCAAUAGAAGUGGAACACUUACAAAACAUCAACGGACUCACACAGGGGAGAAACCAUUUAAUUGCAUGGAGUGCGGAAAGAGCUUCAGUGAGAGUGGAAAACUUAGAAUUCAUCAACAGAUUCACACAGGGGAGAAACUGUUUGGAUGCAUGAAGUGCGGAAAGAGCUUCAGUGACAGUAGAAAACUUAGAAUUCAUCAACAGAUUCACACAGGGGAGAAACUAUUUGAAUGUAUGGAGUGCGGAAAGAGCUUCAACCGGUGUUCAAGCCUUCGUGUACAUCAACGGACUCACUCAGGGGAGAAACCAUUUAAUUGCAUGGAGUGUGGUAAGAGCUUCAGUGACAGUGGAACACUUAGAAAACAUCAUCAAAUUCACACAGGGGAAAAACCAUAUAAAUGUAUGGAGUGUGGAAAGAGUUUCACUUUUAGUGGAGCAGCAAGAAGACAUCAACGGACUCACACAGGGGAGAAACCAUUGAAAUGCAUGGAAUGUGGAAAGAGUUUUAUUGAUAGUAGAGCACUUAGAAUCCAUCAUCGAAGUCACACAGGGGAAAAACCAUUUGAAUGCAUGGAGUGUGGAAAGAGCUUCAGUGACAGUUCACACCUUCGUUCACAUGAACGAACUCACACAGGCGAGAAACCAUAUAAAUGCAUGGAGUGUGGAAAGUGCUUCAGUCAGAGUUCACACCUUAGGACACAUCAAUUGACCCACACAGGAGAGAAGCCAUUCAAAUGUAUGGAGUGCGGAAAAAGCUUCAGUGAGAGUGGAGCACUUAGAAAACAUCAACGGAUUCACAUACGAAAAACCAUUUAAAUGCAUGAAGUGCGGAAAAAGCUUCAGUGACAGUUCACACCUUCGUUCACAGGAAUGAACUCACACAGGGGACAAACCAUUUGAAUGUAUGGAGUGUGGAAAGAGCUUCAGAAGAAGUGGAAAGCUUAAUUUACAUCAUUUUUUCAAAAACCUUGGAACCAGGUUCUUGGACUAUUUGGAUUGCUAGGUGAUUUAAAUGGAGUUGUCUCCACUUAAAUGGAUAGAACACAGAGACAAAAGGUUUCAAAUGGUGGAAGACUACCCAAAACUUUCUUUGAACUGGUGGACAAUAUGGAUCUAUUGUAUAUUUGGAGAUUAAAAUAUCCAACAGAAAAAGACUUCACGUGUUUUUCUGAACCAAAUCAAUCCCUUAGCUGCCUCGACUGCAUCUGGAUUACAAAAGACCUUGUUCCAAAGGCGAUAAAAGCAGAGAUCCUUCCAAAGACUUGUUCAGAUCACAAUGCUGUUUUUCUGGAAUUAAAAUUAACUCUGCAGGGUCUUUUAGAUGGAGAAUGAAUGAUGUGUUAUUCAGAAAUGAGCAGAUAGUGAAUAAGGUCCAAAAGACUUUAAUGGAUUACUUUGAUUUAAAUAUUAAUACAGCAACAGUCUUGAGGGUCGUUUGGGAUGCAAGUAAAGCAGUCAUGAGAGGUUUCCUAAUCCAACAAAAUUCAAUUUGGAAGAAAGUACAGCAUGAGGGACGCGGGUGGCGCUGUGGGUUAAACCACU